AUGGGCAUUGCUAUUUCUGUCUUUGUGAGCUUUUUAACUUUUUUUGCUAUCUAUUCUUUGAUUGUUACUGGCCAAAGAAGUCAGAUAUUCAAUUUUGCAUCGUUGGCGCAGGUAGCCAUGGGACGUUUCGGUUAUCAUAUGCUGAAUUUCAUGUUAUUCGUACAAAGUGCCGGAAGCGUGAUUAGUUACUUUAUUUUGGUGGGUGAUACUAUUCCUGUACUUUUAGGCUUCUAUAUUCCACAAUUCCCAAUAUUGGCAGAUAGACAACUCGUUACAAUUCUGAUCUCUCUCUUUAUUAUCUUCCCUUUAAAUCUAUUCAGAUCUAUUGGAGCUCUUGCCAAAUGGUCCGCCUUCUCAGUGUUAUUGCUACCAAUUAUGAUUUUUUCUGUCUUAUUUCGUGCGCCAGUUUAUUCCAAAGAUCACACAGCGCCAUUGAUGACGGUUGGUAAAGAUCCAUUCGCAGCUAUGGGUAUCAUGUCUUUUGCAUUUGUCUGCUCACAAGUUGCCUUCCAAAACUAUUUGUCACAAAAGAAUCAAACAACCUCGUCUUGGAAAAUCUCCUCUGUUCUUUCCACUUGUAUGAGCUGGACUAUCUCCAUGUCAUUUGCUGCUAUAGGCUACCUUAGUUUUGGUCAAGAUGUUAACUCCAACGUCUUUAGUAAUUUUCCUGAAGAUGAUCAUAUCAUCAACAUUGGAAGGUUGGCUCUUGGUCUUUCCAUGGUUUUGACUGUUCCUAUGGCAUUCUAUCCUGCCAGAGAUGCGGUUCAAAAGACUAUUGGGUUUGAAACUAAAGAUUGUCAGCCAAAUGCCUUACAACAUUAUGGUGUUACUGCCAUUCUUUUUUUGAUUUUCUUGGUUUUGGGUGUACAAAUCCAUUCAUUAGGAAAGGUGUACUCUGUUGUUGGUGGUAUUGCUUCUUCUUUCCUGGCCUAUAUUAUUCCAGGCUCGGCCUAUAUUGCAGUAUUUCAUCCACAAUGGUUUUUCCUCUUCAAAAAUUAUUACCAUGGCGCUGCUCCUCCAAACAAUGAUGAAUCCUCCUCUAUUAUGGGUUCAGGAACAGAAGUCAAUUUGGUCAAGGUGCCAGUAAACCCAACAUGGUGGCUAGACAUAGCUGCCAUUGUAUUGGUCAUCUUUGGCUUCUUAAUCAUGACUUAUACAGCUAUCAGUGCUUUCGUCAUUUAG